AUGUGGUCUGUGUAUCAGCCGUUCUGUGUUUCCGGUGGACUGUGCAAAGAUGCGGUUUGGAGACGCAGAUGUCCACCUGUGCAGCAUCCGGCAGCGCUGAGCUCCGCACGCCUGGGUGUCCUGGUGAGCAGCUUCACCCCGAUUCACAGCGCGUGUGAAGGGAAACGGCGUUUUGCUGCCGCUGCAGUGGGCGGGAGGAAAAUCACUCACCCAGGCAAAGCGAUUCUUGCGGGUGGCAUUGCAGGAGGUAUUGAGAUCUGCAUCACCUUCCCGACAGAGUAUGUGAAGACUCAGCUGCAGCUUGAUGAGCGGGCAAAUCCACCUCGUUAUCGAGGGAUAGGGGACUGUGUGAAGCUGACCGUUCAGUAUCAUGGUUUGAGAGGGCUGUACAGAGGCCUGAGCUCACUACUCUACGGCUCCAUCCCAAAGUCUGCGAUUCGGUUUGGCACAUUUGAGGUCCUGAGCAACCCAAUGAGGGAUGAAACUGGUCGCCUUGAUAACACUGGCAGCUUGCUGUGUGGCCUGGGAGCCGGUAUCGCUGAAGCAGUGCUGGUAGUCUGUCCAAUGGAAACCCUGAAGGUGAAGUUAAUCCAUGACCAGUGCUCUCCUCGUCCACGGUACAGAGGCUUCUUCCAUGGCGUGAGGGAAAUAAUUCGUGAUCAGGGUGUUCGUGGUACAUACCAAGGGUUGACUGCUACAGUACUGAAACAGGGGAGCAAUCAGGCUAUACGGUUUUAUGUCAUGAACCUUCUGCGCAAUUGGUAUAAAGGUGACGACCCUAGACGCGAGAUACAUCCACUAGUCACGGCUAUAUUUGGGGCAACUGCAGGUGCAGCAAGCGUCUUUGGAAACACACCUUUGGAUGUGGUAAAGACCAGGAUGCAGGGUCUGGAAGCCCAUCGUUAUAAGAACACGCUAGACUGUGCUUUCCAGAUACUAAAGAAUGAAGGCCCACAAGCGUUUUACAAAGGCACGGUUCCUCGGCUGGGCCGGGUGUGUCUGGAUGUCGCCGUUGUCUUUGUCCUGUAUGAGGAGGUUGUAAAGCUUCUGAACAAAGUCUGGGAGACAGACUGAGGAUGUUAACGGCCUGCUCUGUAGCGAACGAUGACUAAUGCAGACACAGUUGGCAGUGUCACUCAUGACGAAGCGGACUGUUCCACUGACUGAGUGCACUGGGUUAGGCAGCCAUCUGCAUGAGAAGGACCGUGGAGAAUUCAGCUCACAAGUGGUGUUUUGAUACACAGCAUACUACUAAAGGUUUUGUCUGGAACAUAGAUGCAGAGUAUUAUUGAGUUGCAUGUUUUUCACUUCCUGCAAAACCAUGCAACUACUUUCACUCCCAUCCUCUUACCUGUCGUAAUCCACUUGUGUGGCAAACCCCAGUGUACACAAUUCCCU